AUGAGGCUGACCGAGGUGUGGGGUGCCCUUGGCUGCAUGGCAGAAGCAGCCUGUGCCAAGGCCUGGUUUGGGCUGCAGAGCUGGGUGGAGAUCAUUGACAAGGAGAUUAAUCCCUUUGUGGAUAAGUGGGAAGAAGAAGGACAGUUCCCAGCACAUAAAGUGUUUAAAAUCCUGGGACAGGCUGGAUUCCUUGGUGUGGAUAAGCCAACAGAAUAUGGCGGCAUGGGUUUGGACUUCUCCUAUAACAUUGCAGUGGCAGAAGAGCUGGGAAAUAUCCGUUGUGGAGGUAUUCCCAUGGCCAUUGGAGUGCAAACUGGUAUGGCUACCCCUGCCCUUACAAGGUUUGGUUCUGAGGAGUUGAAAAAACAGUUCCUCGUACCAACUAUAGCUGGUGAUUUUGUGGCUUGCUUGGGAAUCAGUGAAGCUGGAGCUGGGUCAGAUGUCGCAAAUAUCAAGACAACGGCCGUGAGAAAGGGCGAUGAAUAUGUCAUAAAUGGUGGUAAGAUGUGGAUUACAUCCGGAAGCCAGGCAGACUGGAUGUGCCUCCUGGCAAACACCAGCGAAGGACCUCCCCAUCAAAAUAAAUCUCUCAUAUGUCUGCCAAUGAAUCUACCUGGCAUUCAUGUUGCUAAAAAGAUAGACAAACUGGGCAUGAGGUCAUCGGACACAGCUCAGAUCUUUUUUGAAGAUGUAAGGGUGCCCUGCAAGAACCUCAUUGGUGAGGAAGGAAACGGUUUUACAUACCAGAUGUUGCAAUUCCAAGAAGAGCGGCUGUGGGGAGUAGCCAGUGCCCUGACACCACUGGAAACUGUUAUACAAGAAACUAUUGACUACACACGGCAGCGGAAGGUGUUUGGCCGGCCUGUCCUGCACAACCAAACCGUGCACUUCCGCCUGGCCGAGCUGGCAGCCGAAGUGGAGCUCCUGCGCUCGCUGCUGUACCGCGCCGUGGCUUUCUAUGUAGAAGGCAACGAUGUGACAAAAUUUGCCUCCAUGGCUAAGCUAAAGGCAGGUCGUCUGACCCGUGAAGUGACUGAUAGCUGUCUCCAGUUUUGGGGAGGAAUGGGAUUCACCAGUGAAGUUCUCGUGAGCAGGCUUUACAGGGACUUGAGAUUGAUGUCAAUAGGAGGUGGCUCAGAUGAAACCAUGCUUUCCAUCAUAUGCAAAUACAUGGACACACUUCCAAGAAAGUGACGCAUCGGCACUCUCCCUUGAAAAUGAAGAAAGCAAGAGCAUGACUUGUGCUGCAUGCUGAAUGGGUACAGAUCAGCAAUUUUGCCAUCAGAAAGCACAUCAAAGUCUUUCACCAUUGCCACUUUGUGCUUUCCAAUGUCAAAUUCUUGUUGAUAUGAAGCACUCUGAAAGCUUGCAGCCUCCUGCAUUCCGUUUUUUCAGUUGGUGACCUAAGUUUUCCAAUGACCCUUGCUAAGCACACAGAAAAAAAUAUGUUCUUUAAUCAAGCUUUAUCUACACUUCACAGCAUCUAAGCUGAUAAUUACACAACAGAACUUCCAUAUGAAUGGAAGCUAUGUAGCUUAAUCUCACUUCAGUAAAGCUUUGCUUUCAAGAUGAACAAUCAUGGCACAAAUUAUUCCCAUCCAUAAUGAAACCCCAGAACAGUGCCUUUCCUCCCAAUUAACAGGUACCUUUCCUAUCUUUCACUUUUAGCAAGCAAUCAUUAAAAUGAGCUCUGUCAUCUUUGACAAAUCCAUAUCAAUUUGUACUCCACUCUCAUGGACUUUUGGUGAUGGGAGUAGUGUUAAAUUUUUAUUUGCAGAAUUCUACAAACAACUGUUUCAGUGUAUCUGAAGCUUGCAGAGGGUGAACUUCAGCAGCAAUGUACCAUGUUGUAUGCAUAAUUAUUAAGAAAAAUAUUAAAAUAAACACAUUAAUA